AUGUCGGGUCCACCCAACUCCCACGUCUCGGUGUUUCAUUUCACUUCUCGCAUCUCCAACGCGAAGAUCCGGAAAUACAAACUGGCCACCGAGCGAGGCAUGGGACCUGCCUCUGAUUUCAAGUCCGCCAUGGCCCACGAACGCAGCGACGCUGAACAACGAGCCAAGCCAAGCCCAACUCCACCGACGCCCGCCACGGAGUCGCCGCCAGUGCUGCCGCCGCCCACCAAGAAGCCGCGACUGAAGUUGAAUGUCCGGGAGCAAGAGUCUAACAAGAACGUAGGUGAUACUAUCAGAGUCUCCACGCGGACCAAGCGCAAGACCAGCACCUUCCAAUAUCCUGGAGAGGUGGAGAUGGUCAUGGAUGAGCCCCAACCAGCACCCAAGAAGACGAAGAAGAAGCAGUCGCCAGCACCAUCAUCUGGCUUGUCCUCCCUCGAGUCGGCGCCACCAUCUGAGAGGGAAGAGAGCCCGUUCAUCGACCCGCCAGCUGCCCCCAACAGCAACGACUAUGGUGGCGAUUUCAUGAGUUUCUACGUUGCGGGCGGUGAUGAGGAUGAUGCGGUCGAGGCCGAGAGGAAGUCAAAGGCGAAGCCCAAGGGAAAGUCACGUGCGAAGACGACCUCCAAGCCCGAGUCUGAGACUCCCAAGCAAAAGGAGCCUGCUCCAAUCCAUCCACCUGCGAAGCCAGUGGAGAAGCCUUCGCAACCUCAACAGACUGCCCCACCGCAGCCAGCUCAGCGACAGCCAGCUCCUGCUGUUCAGCCGCCGUUCCAACCAGCUCAGCAGCGGCAACCACCAGCUCAGCAGCAGCAGCAGCGUCCUGGUCCUCCUCAGGUGCCAUUCCCCAUUCCCCCACCAAUGCACCGCGGCCCACCUCUACCGCCUCAGCCACCUCGUCUUCCUCAACCCAUCAUCAACUUCAUCGAUGUCGUCUAUGACCCCAAGCCGACCAAGCCGGACACUGUUGCCGAGAUGGUGCAGAAGCUACAGGAGUUGUCAUCUGCCCUCACCAACUUCGGUGGCGUGCCUGCAAUCCCACCAACUCCCCCGCAAGAGAAGGCUCGACCUGUUCCUCGCGGUCCACCAAAGCCCGUGUUCAAGCCAUCGCCACCAGAGAAGCCAGCUCCAGAAGAGGCACCCGAGGCGGACUUCUUACUGUCCCACUUCAAGGAUGACGACGAGAGUGAGUCUGACGAUGGCAAUCCAGUCGAUAUGUGGCAGCGUGCCCUCGCUCAUAUUGACGGUCCACUUUCCUACGGCGUUGAGUUCAUUCAGAAUGCACUGAAGUCCUGGGCCCAGCAGCGCAUGACCCAUCAGGUCACCCAGCAGUGGCAGGCUCAACAGCAACACCAGCUCCAUCAGCAGCAGCUUCAGGCUCAGAGACGCGGACCCGGUCGGCCUAGGCGAUAUGAUGAGCCCAACUUGCUACACGGUCCUCCACCGAUCAUCCAUAUGGAUCUUGCACAGACUCCAGAGGGCGUUGCAAUCAAGAAGUUCCAGACCAUAUUAGCCUCGGGCUGCCUCCAGGUUAAUGCCAUCCUUCCCAUCGAGCUUUCUCGCGCUCUUCGACACCUCUACAUGCAGAUCGAUCACCUCAUCAACCAAGGCUCCAAGAGCAAUGACAACUGGCAGCCCAUGUCGUACCAGGCGCAGAUCACCGCUCACAAGAUGCGAGUUGACAAGCAAAAGGAGGAUAACAAGAAGGCAAGCGAAGAGGCGGCCCGCCAGCAGCAGAUUGCCAACCAGCAGAUGAUGGCUCGUCUAGGCAUUCCAGGCCAUGAGAUCUCCUCGCUAACAGGCGAGCAGGACCACGCGAUGGAGCUGGAGCGUCGACGCAGCAAGCAGCAUGCCCAGGCACAGCCUUACAACUCCCAGCAGCAUCUCAACCCAUUGCAACUGGGUCCUCGGCCUUCCGGAACCCCAGCAGCCAACGGUCCAUCUCCACCACCAAGCCGUGAUGGCGCCAACCCAUCGCAGUCUACCCCGGCUACCAACACGACGCCGGCACCAGGUCCAGCGUCGGCUUCUGCUGGCUCGCCACCGCUCUCCAACGCCGCUGGUGCCGACAUUGACGGCGAUCCCAACGACCCGGACAGCAAGGCCGGACAGGUGCACCUGGAUAAGAUGAAGCUGUACAUGCCUGGCUUCCUGCCACGAUCCGGCCAGUCGAUGAAGUUCUCCUUCGCCCCACACAGCGAUGCUGCACUUCGUGUCUUCGGAUCUGAGUCCUUCCCCACGGAUGAACCAGGCUCCAGCUUGCCCAACAGAGGCCCGAUGAGCGCACCACCAUCAAGCACCACUGGUCCCUCAGCCGAGGCGAGCACUGCACCCAAUGAGCAAGGCCUCAAGGCUCUUGGUGGUGACGCCGCCAGCCCCAUCCAGAUCGACUCCGACACUCCGGCUGAGCAGGCCUUUGGCGCUGAUGGAGCCCAAGACAAGUCGAAGGUGGAGCCAAGCAAGAAGACGCCAGUGGUCGGCACGGGUGGCUUCAAUGCCAUCAACGUACCAGCUCCUCGGCCAAGCUCUGUACCUGCCGAGUCCCCAGACACGAUUGUGGUGGCGUUGAGACACCCAUCUGGUGCCAUGUCUGCUUCCGCAUCUCCUUCCAUCAGCAAGACGAACGGUGUCCCGCGAGUCACCAACUUUCCCGUCUAG